AUGCUUAUUGGUUGCAACUAUUUUACUCUGCCAAAUUGCUUGCAGUUGAUAUGCUUAUUGGUUCCAUGCUCAGACUCGAUAUGUGCUUCUGAGGUUCAAGGUGCAGCUACUGAAUGUUCUCAGGCUAAUCAGUGCAGCUAUACAUUUCAGUAUGGAGAUGGAAGUGGAACGACAGGAUAUUAUAUUUCUGAUGCAGUGUAUUUUGAUAUGAUCCUGGGACAGUCUUCACUUGCUAACUCUUCAGCGACUGUUGUUUUUGGGUGUAGCAACUAUUUGUCUGGAGAAUUGACUAAAUCAGAUAAAGCAGUUGAUGGAAUUAUUGGGAGAUGGCAAUGGAGGAGGCAUACUAGUUCUUGGUCAUAUUUUGGAUCUAAAUAUAGUUUAUACACCACUGCUUCCAUCACAACCUCAUUACAACGUAAACCUCCAGGGCAUUUCUAUCAAUGGACAACCCCUCUCCAAGCAAGCUAAUGAUAUACAAGUGAGAAACCUA